AUGCAUCUGGCAUUCUUCAAUAUACAGUUGGUUCCACACCAAACACAUCUGGUAACCAUCAGUAUACAUCUGACAUUCUUCAAUAUACAGCUAGUUCCACUUCAUGCACAUUUCGUAACCAUCAGCAUACAGCUGGCAUCCUUCAAUAUACAGCUGGGUCCACACCAAGCGCGGCUUGUACCCAUCAGUACACGGUUUGUACCCCUGGGGUUAGUUCAGGUCCACUCAUACAGAUCUGGUGUGACUCAGUACAUUGAUGAUUUCCCCAGCUGGCUCACACAAAGACGUACAAAGACACAGCUGGUUCAAACAGCUCCAAUCGAUAUCGAGUGCAUCUCUGAGCUCAAUGUGUUGAUACAGGCUCCAAUCGAUAUCGAGUCCAUCUCUGAGCUCAAUGCGUUGAUACAGGCUCCAAUCAAUAACGAGUGCAUCUCUGAGCUCAAUGUGUUUAUACAGGCUCCAAUCCAGAUCGAGUGCAUCUCUGACCUCAAUGUUUUGAUACAGGCUCUAAUCCAGAUCGAGUGCAUCUCUGACCUCAGUGUGUUGAUACAGGCUCCAAUCCAGAUCGAGUGCAUCUCUGACCUCAAUGUUUUGAUACAGGCUCCAAUCCAGAUCGAGUGCAUCUCUGACAUCAAUGUGUUGAUACAGGCUCCAAUCCAGAUCGAGUGCAUCUCUGACCUCAAUAUCGAGUGCAUUUCUGACCUCAAUGUGUUGAUACAGGCUCCAAUCCAGAUCGAGUGCAUCUCUGACCUCAAUGUGUUGAUACAGGCUCCAAUCCAGAUCGAGUGCAUCUCUGAGCUUAAUGUGUUGAUACAGGCUCCAAUCCAGAUCCAGUGCAUCUCUAAGCUCAAUGUGUUGAUACAGGCUCCAAUACAAAUCGAGUGCAUUUCUGAGCUUAAUGUUUUGGUACAGGCUCCAAUCCAGAAGCGCCGCCGUCCGUCAUUUCCCCAAGGUGGUCUGGACUGGCACAUCAGACGGAAGACCAGCAUACCCCGCUCUGUUCGACAUGCGCCAGCCACUAUGUCGGAUCUUGCCAAUGAGGACGACGAUUGCAACGAAUGCGAGAAUAAAGGAUGUUGCUGCGGAGAGCAAAACAACAUUUCCGGUGUCACCGUGACGCUGACCGACGACAAUCAGAAUGCUCCUAACAACACGCCGGCCUCGACGACGGCCGCGUCGACGAAAAACCUAUGCACGUGCAAGAGAACUCUAAAAAAAGCCAGGAAGCCUCCAAAGACAACAAUAUUCAUCAACGUCGGCGGUCAGGUAUUCGAAACGUACAAGACCACUCUAAAGAAGAUGAGGAACUCCGUUCUGGCGGACGAGAUGAAACUGAAGCACUUCUGGCGACCGGAAGUCGGGGACUACUUUUUCGACCGCGAUCCUCAGGGAUUCGCGUGCAUCCUGAACUACUACCGCACUGGGGAGCUGCACAUACCGACGAACAUGUGCGGCCCGUCGCUACAGAACGAGCUGACGUUCUGGGGGAUUGACGAGCUGGACAUAGAGCGGUGCUGCUGGACGCAGUACAACACGUGGAAGACGCAGAGCAGGUCCCUGCAGAAGCUGGAGUACGACCGGAAGUCGUCGACGAUCCAGGACACGAUGUACAACAAGGCGUCGGCCUCCUGCUGGACGAGGUAUCGCUGGAAUAUCUGGAGGUUCCUGCAAGACCCAACGUCAUCGCUGGGAGCAAAGGUUUAUGCGUGGAUUUCCAUCAUCUUUGUACUGGUGUCCAUAUUUUCCUUCUGUGCCGAAACACAUCCACAUUUUCAAGUGCAGCCGAGCGAAAUCAAGGAGGAAUGGCAUGGGUUGUACCAGUUCCUAAACAUGAAGGUCAUAGAGUGGAACCCUGGCGGAAUUCACAACACCACCGGAACGGCAAAUGGAAGUUUUUCAGACAACGAUCAACAAUUCACGGACGUGGAGGAGAAAAACCGGACGAAGGACGACAUGUACCUUGCCCAUCCGAGCCUGGUGCUGAUGGACCUGACAUGCCUGGCUUACUUUACCUUAGAGUACUUCACCCGCUUCUUCUGCUCGCCGAGCAAAAUAAAAUUCCUGAGGGCCUUGCAGAACAUCAUCGACUUCAUCGCCAUCGCGCCCGACUACAUCAACAUCGCCUUGCUCUUCAUCCAGCCAAGCAACGGAAAAGGGAUGGUGAUCAUGGAGUUCAUGUUUAUUCUGAGGAUGCUCAGACUGUGCAGGAUAUUCCGCCUUAUCCGCCACGUGCCUGGUCUGUGGAUCUUACUGUACACGCUAAAGGCCAGUUUCAACGAGCUGAUGCUCAUGUUCGUCUUCCUGUUGAUCGGGAUGGUCGUGUUCGCCUCGCUUAUGCAUUUCGCCGAAGGCGAGAACGGCUUCGACAACAUUCCCAUAGGAUUCUGGUGGAGCGUGGUUACCAUGACGACCGUCGGAUACGGCGACAUGUACCCGCAGACGGCCUUCGGUUACAUCAUAGGGUCUCUGUGCGCAAUCGCGGGCCUGCUGAUGAUUGCCUUCACGGUGCCUAUUAUCGUUAGUAAUUUCGUUCUCUAUUACACCCACGUCCAGUACGGAUUAGCUAGGAGGGACCGCGAUCCAGAUACGGGGAAAGAAGACGAAGAGGAACAGAGAAAAAUGGAAAAUUCGGACGGAAACAUCAGCCCAGUGGGGCUUUCGUCAAAGAUCCACCCAGACUGCACUGCGAUAGAACUGGGGGAAAAUAUCAGUUUGACUGCUUCCGCAGGAAGUGCGAAUGUGAGCGAAUGUAACUUCAGGACGUUGUCUGUAAAGUGAUAAAUGUUCACCUGUGAUCUGUUUAUGGUGAUCUGUUUAUGGUGGUCUGUUUAUUUACAAAACAGAAAUA